GUACCUUGCAGGUCCUUUCUCAUAGCCUGAAUCAGCCAUUGUGUUUCUUCCUGCAUACUGCUUAUCUACCAUUACGAUCUUGGCAUUUCUGUGAUGUUUGAAGUCGAUUUGUUAUGAGAAGAGCGGUGAAUGUACAUUGAUGCAUGUCUUUCGACCGUACAUCCUCGACGCAGUCGUCUUCUAGAGGCUAUGGCGCUGUUGCGAGGUCGACGUCAGGUACAUUUGAUGAGAGAGUUCGAGCCACGGGACUACUGGUUGGAAUCUCUGAACAUCAAUGUCCUCUCGUUUUCCAUGAAAUCUACGAUGUAAAGAUGUUUGGCAUCGAGAAAUGCCACCCAUUUGAUGCGGGUAAAUGGGGCAGAGUGUACGCGAAGUUGAAAGAGUGGGAGCUUGUAUCCGACGAUAGCAUAGUCAGACCAGUGGAAGCUACACGGAAUGAUCUUCUUAUUGCUCAUACCAAAUUGUAUCUAGCCAGCUUAUACUCUCCUUGCGUUCUAGCCAAAGUAGUCGAAGUUCCUAUUGCAUGCUUUAUUCCUACAUGUAUCACGGACAAGUACUUUUUGAGACGAAUGAGAUACCAAUGCGGUGGCACAGUAGCUGCUUGUCAGAUUGCUCUGGAACGUGGCUGGUCCGUACAUCUGGGAGGAGGCUUUCAUCAUGCGCAUAGAACGUUUGGAGGAGGCUUUUGUGUAUAUGCUGAUAUCUCACUUGCUUUGAAGAUAUUAUUUACGUUGAAACUCAUUGAAAAGGCUUUAAUCGUGGAUGUAGACGCGCAUCAGGGCAACGGACACGAACGCGAUUUCGGUGACGAUCCACGCGUUUUCAUUCUGGACUUGUACAAUCCGAGAAUUUAUCCGUGGGAUCAUAAAGCGUCAGAGGGCAUCUCAAGAUCAGUUCAUGUUGGGUCUAUGACAUCCGAUGCCGAAUAUUUAAGGCUGCUGAAAUCCAAUUUGUCCGCAGCUCUGACAGAAUUCUCCGCCGAUUUGGUAAUCUUGAAUGCAGGGACGGAUAGCUUGGAAAAUGACCCACUUGGUUGCUUAAAUCUAAGUCCAAAGUGCAUAGUCCAUCGAGAUGAAGCGGUGUUCCAGCUCUGUCGACAAAAAUCUAUACCUAUUGUUAUGCUUACUAGUGGUGGAUAUUUGAUGAAGAGUGCUGAAGUCAUUGCAAAAUCCAUAAGAAAUUUGCAUGAAAAAGGUCUCAUAGAGCUCAAAACUUGACCAUUAAUAAAGCUUUCAACUU